AUGGGUCUCGAUCUAGGAGGUGGAAAGAGAGUUGAUGAACCGUUUUCCCUUUCACAUCUGGAAGAUCCUUGGUCUGGGAUGAAACUUGUGUUGAUACAUUUAGAACAUAAAAUAAAGGAAAAACGACCCCGCUCAUAUUUUAUGCCUGACGGUCGACCUAUGAACAUAAACGAAUCCAAAAUUGACUUUAAACUGACAGAUGAUGACAACUGUUUUAUCCUUGAUAUGAAAUUAUACAAGUAUCUGGAUAGUUCAUUAAUUAAUGUGGACAUCCAGCCAAAAUAUGUCCGUGUUUUAAUUAAAGGAAAGGUAUUUCAGCUUUCUUUGGGAAUGGAAAUUUCUCAAACUCGAUCAACAUGUCAGCGUUCAAAAACAUCCGGGUAUCUUAGUAUAACUAUGCCCAAAGUAAUUUUCAAUUCUGAAUAUUUCGUAAGUGCGAAAAUAUCAUAA